UCCGGUUUACGUGGCAGCGCUAGCUUCAGCAGCAAAACGGCGGACAUAUUACAUGCCGGUGUCCGUAGUAACUUGGUAAGGGGAGGGAGAUAGCGAUCAGUAACCCGGAGCGGGCGGUCUUUGAGUGCACUGCCAUAAAAAAAUGAUGGAAGAGAGUGGAAUUGAGACAACUCCUCCCAGUACCCCUCCUCCCAACACUGCAGUGGCAACUACUGCAGCACCUCCACCAAUAGCUGUAACAGCGCCAGUUCCCCCAGUUUUAUCCAGCCCUCUGGCUGUUCCAACAUUCUCCCCAGGCAUAGUCUUCUCUCCUCCUAAUUUCUCUUCACCUCUACCACCUCCUUCUGUUACUCCUAUGCGAACCUCAGGUCCUGUUCCUUUUGUAACUUCUCCUCCUCUUCCACGUCCUGCUGCGUCUGGUGUACUCAGUCCUCCUCUUCACACAACAGUGCCUGCCACUUUGAGUGGUCAGUUACCUGCAUUCUCCUCCUCUCCUUCAUUUCCUCCUCCACUUAGUUCCACUGCCGCUCCUCCUGUUCUUUCUGCACCACCUAUGGGACCUCCUGUUACUGGAUUUUCAAUGGCUUCUUCCUAUGAUAUCACAAAAGGUCACGCUGGGCGGGCUCCACAGACACCGUUGAUGCCAUCAUACUCUGCACCCCCUGUCACAGUGCUGCCAAAUCCUGUAAUCCAGCAUGCUCCUUAUGUAGCAGGCAGUGGCUCUUCAAUUACUUUCCCUGAGGAGCCUGAGGAUCCAAGAAGCCAUGUGAUACACAAUGAAGGGCCUGCAGGAGGCAUCUGGGGUUUUAUUAAGGGGGUAGCAGGAAAUCCCAUGGUGAAAUCGGUACUUGACAAAACCAAACACUCCGUGGAGUCGGUUAUUACCACAUUGGAUCCUGGCAUGGCUCCUUAUAUCAGAUCGGGAGGAGAACUGGAUAUAGUGGUAACGUCAAAUAAAGAAGUGAAGGUUGCAGCAAUUCGAGAUGCUUUCCAAGAAGUGUUUGGCAUGGCACUAGUAACAGGGGAAGAUGGCCAGUCUAAUAUUGCACCGCAGCCUGUUGGAUAUGCUGUAGGCUUAAAGGGAGCGCAGGAAAGAAUCGACAGCUUACGCCGAAGUGGGGCAAUUCAUGAGAAACAGCCUGCUGUGUCCGUGGAAAACUUUAUUGCAGAACUACUCCCUGAUAAGUGGUUUGAUAUUGGCUGCAUAAUUGUGGAUGACCCAGUUCAUGGCAUACGUUUAGAAACCUUUACUCAAGCAACACCAGUUCCACAGGAAUAUAUACAGCAGGCUCAAAAUCUCACUCCUCCGGAUUACAACCUGAGAUGGUCUGGUCUUUCAGUCACUGUGGGUGAAGUUGUGGAGAGAAAUUUACCUCAAGUCAGCAGGACCGAUUGGCAUGUGGCAUUUACUGGCAUGUCUCGUCGGCAGAUGAUCUACAGUGCAGCCAAAGCGCUUGCAGGAAUGUACAAGCAACGACUUCCUCCACGGAUUGUUUAAAAAGUGCCCAUAAAGACUUGGUUUACUGAAGUUUUGAUGGGUGACCAAAACAUUUUGUAACUAACAUUAGUUAUGUUUAUAUUAAACUUCAAGAGCAGUGACCAUGAAAUUCGUAGAAGGGAAAAAUCCUUUCUGUACAAUCAAAUGUUUAAUUACUUGUUUAAACAAUAUGCAAAUAUUUAAAAAGUAAAUAUUCAAUCUUUAAUAUUUUCAACCUCGCAUGUAUACUAUGUGUAUUUUGUGUAAACAGUUUUUAGGCAGGCAGCGCAAGCAAAUUAAUAUUUCCUAUUUUUUUUUUAUUUUUUUAUCCAAGGUGGAUAAAGGGAAUACAGCCUGAUCCUAAAUCAUUGAUUGAAGUAUGAAACAUGAAUGUGUUGACUUGUUUACAUCUUUAUCAAUGUAAAAUGAAAAUGGUUGCCUUUUUGUGUUUGGCAGCAAGACUAGAUUUCUUAUGACCGUCAGCCCUGAGGGAUUGCAGUUGUGUAAAAACAUGCACAUGAUCUUGGGGCUGGUCCUACAUGCGCUAUGUCUAUAUGGCAGUGCCAUUCAGUUCAGUCUCUUGUGCUAGUUCUUAAAGGUUAUGAAUGUGUAAGUACAGAUAUGUCAUACAAAAUUGGUUCUUCACCCGUUUAUAACCGAAUAAAUAAUAUACCCUGAUCCUAAAGGACGAAAGACAGUAAUAUUGUUUGUGGGAUAAGUCCUGCAAGUUCUUCUUCUCAUAUCUGUUUCAUAAGGCAGGUUACAGUAGUGGCAUCACAUUUCAGUUUUCUUCGUACUUAAUGUCAUUAUAUGUAAUUUUUUUUUAUAUAUAUCUUUUUGUAGUCGUAGAAACAUUUUCCAUUUAUCUCUGUUUAAAAGCUGCUUAAAUUAUUUUGUAUGCUAUUGCAAGAGAAAUAGGUCAUUUCUAGCUUUUGACCAAUGCUCAAUGUACAUACAUUCUCUUGAUUUUUAGGUGCCAGUCUAUUGGCUCCCUAUAGAACAUUGUUAUUCUUACACUUCAGAUUUAAUCCUACGUCUAUUCCGCUGCAAAAAAAAUAGGUGAGUAAUGAUUUUGCCUUAAAUAUAAUAGUCUUUGAGAAGACUAGAUUGUAUUGGUGUAUUUUACAUCUUUUAGAAGCUUAAAACAUUUUUUGAAAUACUUUUCUAGCGAACCUUUUGUAUACAAAUAUGUCUCAGAUAUAUUUUACCACUACUGGCAGCUUUGCAGAUCAAAAUUAAAUAAAUGGUUUUAUAGAUAAA